AUGGCUUUGAUGAAAUCUUCCAAUAUUCCUAAAGAUGCGGUAAUAUUAGACGAAACGGAAGCGAUCGGAUAUAUUUGGGAUGUUAUAUCUAAAUGGGACCCUUGGACGGAUACUUGGGCUCUACGCCAUGGACCUGUAGUACUAGGCGCAAUGAGCUCUAUUAGUAGUUUAUUGAUAAACAAACACUACAGAUUUAAGUUUAAAUUGGGCAAUUUUGGAUAUGUAGCAUCAUCUUUUCCUCUAGCAGUUAUGCCUGGUAUACUAACCCUGUUGUUUCAUAAAUAUCUUGUAUCAACAGAUAUUGUUCUUCUAAAAAGUAAUUGUCCUAUAUGUUAUGAAAUUAAAUCUGCAGGAAUUCAGAUGUUAUUUGGUAUUGGUUACCCUAUGGUGUUGGCACCUACAUCUGCUUUAAUGUUUGCCAACAGAUAUGCAACUUUCAGAGUUCCACAUUUAAAAGAAGGACCAAAAGUUAUGUUUCAAUUCAUGAGAAAACACACUAGAUCCUUCACUGGGACCCUAGGAUUUAUUGUCUUAGCACAAUUAACCGCAUCUGCAGCAAUAACAUAUUUUGAAAUAAGAAACAAUAUUGUAAUAAGACACAAGAUGAUGGAACUUGAAAAGAGUUUAGAGAAUAAGGGUGAAAUG